AUGUCUCAUACAACAGAUUCGCGCGAGUCAACCGCGCCUCUGGAUUAUUACUCAAGUCUUGACGAUGAGGGCUCGCUUGUGGAAAAGUUCAAGAAUAUCGACGAUAAGACGCAGUUUUAUACUGCUAUGCGUCGCCUAGAGGAUCCUCUUACUCAGAAUUUUGUACUCGAUUUCGGGAAUGAAGAGGCAUGGUGUGCAUCUGACCUGGGCACCAGCGAACUGAAACUAUUGCUGAGUAAACCAAGAGACAAGUGUUUCGGUACACGGUGGAUUAAUAUAUGGGCACCAGAGGAGCAGAAGGAAAGCAUAAGGGCGAUCACUAAACACUAUGGAGUAUCCGAACGACUACAGGGGAUGAUGUGCACAGAGCCAGUGUAUCCUGCACCCAAAACUACACCUACACCAUUACCAACAAAAAGGACUUCGCAAUCGCCCAGUGUUGCGCCAUCGUUCCAGCACGAAGUGGACGAUGCGGAGAAUGCACUCAAGCAUCUCAACGAUCCAGAUAAAUCCCGCGAGUCGGCGUCAUUCAAGAACCUUACCUUUGCACAAGUGACAGACCAAAUCUGGCACUUCUCCUCUGUGGACCAUGGUCCUCGAUACACAUGUAUCGGCUAUAAUACGUUGUUUGUGAUUCCCACACUAUCACAACCAAAUGGCAAAGAUCUCCCGGAUGGAAAACGGCUCUGGACCUGGCUAAUCCAGUGCGAUGAUGGCACAAUAAUCUCGAUCCAAGAGAACCCGUUCGCAAGACGAAAGGGAGUGCCAAUAGACGAAGCUAAGCCUGUCCUCGACAUCGUACGCAGGAACAUUCGGUUUAUUUUCGCUGGCGUUUCGAGACAGCACUUUGCCAUGUCCGAAAGCGAGUCACUAAUCACCAUACGGGUGCGGCAUUUUAGUGACCUCGGACCGGAUCAAGCCAAUAUCAAGCAGGAGGAUGGACCGAGCUUGCUUUUCUACUAUAUCUUCGAUGACUGGGUGUCAAGUUAUGGACUUAUCGCAAAGCGAGAACACAAAUAUGGCGUUGCUUUGGAGGAAUUGAGAAGCCAAAUGCUCGAUCGUCCGAUAGUGGAUUUGGUGAAUGAGUUACACUGGCUGGGCCGGCGACUCGCAGUUCUCAAGCGACUGUAUCAGAGCUAUGAGCUUAUCAUGCGUCGACUCUUGCAACGGCAGCGCAUGCUCCGCGACGAAGCGCGUUCGUCUCCACCAGCCGCAAUCUCGUAUGGAGCCACCUUUGGCGAUAUGGAGUUCAUGGACAUGCGCCAGUCGAGCGUCGUGAGCAAUUCUAGUUUCCACAACACAACUGAGAAAUCGGUCGGGGUGCAGCUGAGCUCGACAGCUGUGGCGCGCUUCGAACGGUUGGUUGAUCGCAUCAAUCUGUACUGUUUGAGCGAGAUUGAGAACUGUCUCAAUGAGAAAGAGUCCUUGACGUUCCUGAAUUUCAACUUGAUUGCGCUUAAGGACUCGCAGGCUGUUGAGAAGCUCACUCGAAUCACUAUUCUGCUGGCUAAGGCGACCAUUUUGUUCCUGCCGGUUAGCUUGAUGAGUGCAUACUUCUCGACGGAACUCAUUGGUGUGAAGAAGGGGUACACUAAGACGCAGUACUGGGUCAGUUUCGCAGUGAUCUUCGUUACAUCCAUCUUGCUCUUGACCGUUUUCGGUUAUGCCAGCGAUACCGUAGAAGACUACGCCCACCGCCAUCGGUCAGCGUAUUUCUGCGUAUUCAAAACAAAAACGAAACCCCAAAUUUCCCCUUCUAACACCUCUUUCGAUAAUUCCCCUGAACUUGCAUCACUUUACUUCUUAAAAACCAAACUUAUACCUUUUUCUGCCGGAUCCGAGGGAUUUCUCGUUACCGACAAUAUGGGUAUUACUUUCUCGCGGUUGUUUGACCGGCUAUGGGGCCGCAAGGAGAUGCGCAUUCUGAUGGUCGGUCUUGACGCCGCCGGUAAGACCACCAUUCUGUACAAGCUCAAGCUCGGUGAAAUCGUCACCACCAUUCCCACGAUUGGAUUCAACGUCGAGACGGUCGAAUACAAGAACAUUCAGUUCACCGUGUGGGAUGUCGGUGGUCAGGAUAAGAUUCGUCCUCUGUGGCGCCACUACUUCCAGAACACCCAGGGUAUCAUCUUCGUGGUUGACAGCAACGAUCGCGAUCGUAUCGUUGAGGCCCGUGAGGAGUUGCAGCGCAUGUUGAACGAGGAUGAGCUCCGCGAUGCUCUCCUCCUCGUGUUCGCCAACAAGCAGGAUUUGCCGAACGCUAUGAGCCCCGCCGAGAUCACGCAGCAGCUUGGUCUUCAGAGCCUUACCCGUCGUGCUUGGUUCAUCCAAUCUACCUGCGCCACCACUGGUGACGGUCUGUACGAGGGUCUGGAGUGGCUCGCCGAUGCGCUCCGGAAAACCAACCGCGAUUAA